CUCUCUCUUUAUUCAGGAAGUACCACACGUACUCAAUAGUCAAUAGCCUACUACACACUACAGCCACCCUAGGACACUCAUUCACCUGCUUUGGAACUCUAAAAAAACAUCGACAAAGUAGACAAAACACACUUACACAUUGAUGGGCCUUCUCACUACCACAGGCCCAAAAACAAAAACGUCCAGCCCAUAGACUUCAUCUUCUUCUUCUUCGAUACACCACGAAGGGUUUGUAAACGCAGACCGCAUCAAUCAACACAUAUCCAUAUUCAAAUUAAUCAUUCGACGCUUCCAUUCUCUUUUUGUGCGGUUCCAAAUCGGAAUCAUGCGUUUCCCGUGAGCUUCCAAAUUCACCUUUUUGAGAAUCGCGAUUCCAUAGCGCUUCCGAACGAUUCCGAGCGCUCCCGCUCCCGCUUCCGCUUCCGAAGCGAGAAUCGGAGCUUUCGUCACGCUUCCAUGCUGCUUAGAUACAGACUGGUUUCUCUCACUCUCUUUUUCUCCUUUUCUCUUUCUCUGGGUUUCUCUCAGUGACCAUCUUUGUCUCUUUGUAACAGAACAUCAAAUAAGGAUAUUAAAAAUGGUAAUGGCGAAUUGGCGAUGAUGGGUACGGAGAAGGUAGAAGAUGGACCUACUGGUUGAAUUUUGGCGGGGGCAGAAACGGUCUCUUUCAAUGAUUUUUAUGUCCAUUGUGGGUUCCCCAGUUUCCUCUCACCACUGACCCAUCUAUCACUCUUUGCAACUUGCCACAUCCAUGAGAGAGAAUUUUUCUGAUUCAAAGUUUUGAUUUUUACUGACUGUGAGAGAGAGAGAGAGAAGGACUCGAAGCAGCUAAAGAUAUCUCAGAUUGUUGUUGUUGUUGUUGUCAAGAUUUUUAAUUUAGGUUUCCUGGAGGAGAUCACAGAUCUUCUUUUCAUAUGAAGAGAUCUUUCCUUCUCUUGUAUGUGCUCCUGGUACAUGCCUUCUAUGGUGCUUGGUGUAGUAGUGUUGGAGGAAGCCUGCAUUGUGAAUAUUCCAGUUUAGCGAGUCUUCACCGGCCUCACAGUGUAUCGAUUACAGAGUUUGGAGCGGUUGGAGAUGGUGUGACUCUAAAUACUAAAGCCUUUCAGAAUGCUUUGUUCUACCUCAAUUCUUUCUCUGACAAAGGCGGUGCCAAGCUUUUUGUUCCUGCUGGUCAGUGGCUUACCGGGAGUUUCGACCUCAUCAGUCACCUCACCUUAUGGCUAGAUAAAGGUGCAACGAUUCUCGGGUCAACGAGCUCAGACACCGAGAUUCGUCUGGCCGCAGGCUAUUUCCCCGACGGCGGUGAGGAAUUGGACCGCUCCAAGGCCGUCGCAAAUGGCGUGGCAAAAUCUAAGGCCCAUUACGAAACCGCCGCAUGAGAAUUGGGUCACCUGCAAAAUUGGGAAAUCCGGUUCAGUUUAACUUAGUCGGAUCGGAUACAAGCUAACCGGUUUAAUUUAUAACUGUUUUUCACUACGCCAUUGUACCGGAUUCUGAAAAACCCCGUUCAUGAUGCAAACCGGGAUUAAUUGUCAAAUCAACCGGUUCAAUUACGAAAUACGGAUUGGAGAUUUGUUCUUAGUUUGAGAAUUAAUUAAAACUUACCUGCAUUUGGACAA